AUGAGGGCUUCCAUGUUUCUUGUAAUUGGGUUCAUCUUCCCAGUUCUUACUCGGGGUCUUGUACUCAUCGACUCGACAAUAGCAUCCGCUUGCAUCUAUUAUGAACUACAAUAUGACUGGGGGUGCAAUUCUCAUUCAAAUGGAAUGAAGGCGUUCGCAUGCAGAUGUAAUAAUAUCAAUUGGCUUUAUACCGUGACGAAUUGCGUUCAUAACGCUUCAAACUCUACUAGGUUGGUAAACCACGCUUAUCGGCACCUGGCAACAAGAUGUUUUGACAAGACAAAUGGCGUACUUGACUAUAGUAAAAGUGAUAUGGUGAGAUUUUUCGAGGAAGGUCAAAAAUUUCUCAGAGAACCUCAAGACAGUGAUUUUACUAGUCCGGUAAAUGGAACAUUGAUUGUUGACGACACCGAAUUUCAAUGGUACUAUCAGAAAUUUAAGGAUUACGCUUUCUCAGUACUCCGUUCACAAUGGUUUGGUUGGGGGUUAGUGUUUUAUUGGGUCUUCAUUAUCUGUUUCUCCACAGUCUCGAACUUACUCGAUAAAAUUUUUGGUUUCAAUCUGGCUACAAAAAUUAUAAGACGAAAGUUACUGAUCCCUUCCGUGUACAAGAAUUAUCAAGAAAGGACCUUCUUUCUCUUGAAAUGCAUUCCACUCAACUUUCCGGUACGAAUUGACGCACUGAUUGUCCUAAUAUUUGUUAUUCAAACAAUAAUAUCGGUGGGCGUGGGCUACGAACUCACAUUGCCUCAUCCGUAUCUGACCACCAGAUGGUACAUGAAUUUGAAUUUGGUAAGUUAUAGAGUUGAUCUCAUGUCCAUCUCAUUAUUUCCAAUGAUAUACCUCUUUGGUAUGAGAAAUAAUUUCUUGAUUCCGCUAACAGGAAUUUCUUUUAGAAGAUUCAUAUUUUAUCAUAAAUGGUGUGCCUACGUCUGUGUAGUUCUAGCUUUUAUCCACUCGAUCAUAUGGACUGUUUGGGCAAUCAGUGAUGGAGGAUAUAAAGUUUGGGCAAUGGACGCAUAUUGGGCCUGGGGUAUCGCUGCUACCGUUCUAAUCGUUCUCUUAAUUUUUCAGAGUGAAAGUUUCCUAAGGGAUUGGAUGUACGAGCUGUUCUUACUUGUUCACAAGCUUAUGAAUAUAAUGUUCAUUGUUGCAAUGUACUAUCAUUUGAAGCCUAUGGGUUGGAUGGCCUGGGUAUGGUCAAUGGUGGCUAUUUGGUCGUUUGAUAGACUCAUGAGAAUUAUUCGAGUAAUAAUCAAUGGUGGCUUGCAAUCAGCCCUUUUGACAGACUGUGGUAACAAUGUAAUAAAGAUUACCCUUAAGAAACCGAAAUGGGUGAACUACAAAAGUGGUCAAUUCGUUUAUUUGUAUUUUAUUAGUCCUUAUGAUACAUGGUUCUAUGCAUUUCAAUCUCAUCCUUUUACUGUUUUAAAUGAAAAUACCCUCCAACAAGGCUCAGAAAAAUUAACCAUCUACUUGAGAGUGAAUAAAGGUUUAACAAGGGUUAUGCUCGAAAGAAUAAUGAAAAGUAAAAAUGACUCUCUCAUCUGCAAAGUGUUGGUGGAAGGUCCUUAUGGGCUAAAGAUACCUACGUUGCAUAAGUUAGAUAGAAAAUUAGUAGGUGUCUCAGCGGGGCUUGGUGUCACGCCGGUGUUUUCACACUUCUCUGAACUAUUGGCAGCACAGAAUGGACCAACUAUGUCUUGGCAAAAUCAGUUCUACUGGAUUAUUAACGACUUGAACUAUCUGAGCUGGUUUAAUAGAGAACUACAGUGGUUAAGUUCCAAAGGAUGUCAUGUUAUUAUUCUUUAUACUGGUUUGAAAGAAAAGGAUUAUAACAACAUUGAAGUGGCAAAUACAACAGUAUUUUCAUCUACAGAUACUAUUACAAGUUUGUCUUCGAAAUUUACCAUUCAAAAUAUUAAUAAGAGACCAGAUUUGAGUGGCUUGAUAUUAGAAGAAAUAGGUCAAGCAGAGAAAGAAGACAAGGAUAUUACUUUUGUCUCUUGUGGACCGUCUUCUUUUAAUGAUGAUUUCAGGUAUCAUUUAUCUAACUCGCUCACUAGUAAGUUGAGGAUAAGUGUCGACUAUAAAGAGGAGAGCUUUACGUGGUGA